CGAUUGCCAAAGCGUUAUAUAACAGACUCUGCAGAUCUAAUUUAACCUACCCUAGCUUUUUGUUUGUGAGCAUUCACCCAGCUGGUUUCAAUGGCUGCCACUUUAUUUGGAGUUUCAGAGUAUGGAAGCCUCUCUGACAAAAGGAUCGUCUGUGGAGGAGCGAACCCUUUUGUGCCUAAGGGAGCUGGAUAUGGAUCUCCCAAGGUUUUGGUAUGCAUUUGCGCAAAUUCAAAGGAUCAGAAGAUGAAUGGUGGGGCAAAGAAAACUGUGAAGAUAAAUUUUGAUUUUGUUAUCAAGGGGCUUCAAUCAAGAAGAUGGCUUCCUCUCUUUGGCUGGUCUGCUGAUGGAAAAUGGGCAGAGGAUGGCAGUAGCAGCGAAUCUGUUGAACCCUCUGUUCUGCAGAACACAAGAAAAAUCACAGAAAAUGAGAAUAAGAGUAAUGAGGGGCAGAUUUCAGUGAGGAGGCAAUCCAAGUUUGUGGCUGUGAGUUUCACUCCAGAGAAGGCCAAAUUACUGAGGAAAACCCUUCGAUCUACUUCCAGUUUUCAUGAUCUGAUGUAUCAUUCUGCCAUUGCUUCUCGCUUGGCUUCUGCUGAUAUCUCUUCAAAGGAUUGCAGCCCCUCUUAAUCUGUCGACAUGACUUACUGUAGAAGAUAGGACUACUUUGUAUAUAUUUUGUUGUUGCUCUGUAAUUGAUUUUCUUGUACAUUCUAUAUUUGUCUGGCUGUAAAUCUGUGGAAGGGAAUCACCAUGGCUCUGGUAUGGGGUUCCUAGGGUUUGCAAAUUCAGGUAUAAAUAUUGUGCUUAUAAUGAACUAUUUCAUUUUUUUACUA